AUGGCGCAUCCACCACAAAGAUUACUAAGCCUUCCAAGUAAGCUUCUCCGUGAGAUCGUUGCGCCGCUCAGCCCAGCCGACCUCCGCCGUCUGCAUCAAGUCAACCACCUAGUCCUCGAGUUUAUCGUCGACUAUUCUAAACCAAGUUCCGUUGGGCUGGCCGACCUACCAAAUACGCUUGUUUUGGAGGUUGUCGCGCAUUUUGACCAACAAGGAUCGAAGCUGAUUCGCACGGAUGAACUACCGGUUUUACACUCUCGUCAUGAACGCUAUCCUGGAUCAGGAAGUGCGCACAAAGGGGAUCAAGCUGCUAGGAAUGAAUAUAGCAUGCCAGAGGGCAAGGACGUUAUUGCAAGUGGUGAUCAAAUCCAGGAUACUGCGAUGUUAGCUCCAACAACUCGAGCUAUCAUUUCUGAAGAGCAAGCAAAGUUGCAAACAAACGCAGCUUCGCCUCCACGUUUGCACCCACAGCAUGCCAACUCGAAAUUGGACUCAAUUGUCCCAACAAAGAGCGUAUGGGCCAACGCUUCAUCGAAGAUUCGUGCCGCCCCUACCGUUGAGGAACAAGUCUCAAUGGAAAAGUCCAUCAUUUGUCCCCAGCCAACGAAAAGGACGCCUAGUCCUCAUAGGUACAGAGUUGGUAUUCCCUUUGGAUAUCAAAGAAGCAAAGUCACGGGCCAGAGAUUGCGUCGAGAUACAUUCGAGGCUGGACAAUAG